AUGGGAAUGUUUUCAAUGAAACUGCAGAACUACAUAUUUGUUUUUAUCAUUGGUGUACUUUCAGGCAUUUCUUGUGAAGAUUACAAUGAUGUUCUGAAUUUAACCAAUACCUUACUUCAAGGAUAUUACAAAUCUAUUAUUCCAAAGAGAAACCAAAGUGAAACAAUCAAGCUAGAAAUGGAAUUUAGCCUAAAAGCUCUAAAUAAGUUUGAUGUUGUGGAUGGACAAAUGACAAUGGUAACUGCCAUAGCUUUAAAGUGGCAAGACGACCUUUUAUCAUGGGAUCCACAAUCUAACAAAAACAUACAUAUAUUGAACAUCCCAUUGUCCAAAAUCUGGUCACCAAAUUUCUACCUAUUGAACUGUGCUGAGGAAUUUCUUAUAUAUAAAGGGGAUCCUGAUACCAAAGAAGUGGUGUUCUCCAGCAGUGGACAAGCUCGGUUGUUUUUCAUGGAGGUAUUGACCACAACAUGUACAUCAAACAUUGCUUUCUAUCCUAACGACCUUCACCUCUGUAAAAUAUAUCUGUCCACCUUAUCGUCUGCUUCAAAACUUCGAAUGGGACUCGCUGAAGUAGAUAUUGUGGACUUUGAGACCAACGGAGAAUGGAUGCUCGGGGAAAUUAAAUCUGAGGUAGAAUUUUUGGAAAGUAAAAACAUAGAGCGCGUUGUAAUAACGAUUGCUCUAGAAAGAAGAAUGAUGUUUCAUAUGAUAAAUGUCGUCUCUCCGGUUGUCUUUCUGGGCCUGGUCAACGUAAUUGUUUUCAAACUGCCGGUAGAAAGCGGAGAACGUAUAUCUUUCGCAAUGACUGUUCUUCUGAGUUUCGCUGUCUAUAUGACAUUGAUAGCGGAUAAAAUGCCACAGACCAGCAAUACCACCUCCGUUUUCUGUAUGUAUUUGAUGGCUAUGCUCACGUACAGCACUCUUAUAACGUUUGCUACUACGUAUAGCAUCAAUCGCUAUCACUCCAGACAUAAUACCAAGUCUAAAUAUGUCAACAAGAUCCAGGAGGCUUGGAUUUCGCUCAAGAAAACCAACCCGAAGAAAACGACAAAAACCUCUGUUGAAGAAUUGAAUUUACCCCCACUCGACAUGGUUCGGAAAAACAGUACAAUGAGCCAAAACGUGGAAAUAUCUGGUGAGGACAAGGCAGAAAGAAUAGAGAAGAUUGACAGAACUUUUUUCGGAUUCUUUGCGGUUUAUUUUGUCGUUGCAACCUCUGUGCUAUUUGUACUGGUUUUAUCCCGAUAA